ACCGAUCACUUUUUUCACAUUUUUCUGUGACAAAUCAUUAUCUGGCGGCUGGCUAGGAAAAAUUUCCCUCUGCCCUAAACCAACUCUUCUAAUUCGAAGAAUAACAUUAUUUUAUUUUACAGUCGUUCUUUCAGCAUGUAUGCUCAAACCCUUCCAUUAACAAAACAUGUACUGUACAAUCCACUGGCAAAUCGAGGUGAAAAUUUGUUUCCUCCGAAAUUGAGACCUGGGUUUUGUAAUUCAGCCAAAAGGGUGUUCGAAUCAAGAAUCAGUUUGAGAAAUUAUUCUAAAUUGGGUGGGGUCAGGUGUGGAGGAGGAGCACAGAUGGAGCAAGAACCAGAUGAUCGGUAUUAUAUUAGGAGGUGUGUGGAGCUUGCUAGAACUGCAAUUGGGUACACCAGCCCUAAUCCUAUGGUGGGGUGUGUGAUUGUGAAAGAUGGGAAAAUUGUUGGUGAAGGGUUUCACCCUAAAGCUGGCCAACCUCAUGCUGAGGUUUUUGCACUAAGAGAUGCUGGGGAUUUGGCAGAAAAUGGGACAACAUAUGUGUGUUUGGAACCAUGUAACCAUUAUGGGAGAACUCCACCAUGCACCGAAGCACUAAUCAAGGCCAGAGUGAAAAAGGUGGUGAUUGGUAUGGUGGAUCCCAAUGCCAUUGUAGAUUCAAAGGGAAUUAGGAAACUACGAGAUGCAGGAAUUGAAGUGACCGUGGGAGUUGAGGAAGAACUGUGCAGAAAGCUUAAUGAAGCCUAUAUCCAUCAAAUGCUGACAGGGAAGCCUUUUGUUACUCUGAGGUACUCAAUUGCAGUCAAUGGUCAUCCUCUCGAUCAGCUUGGUGAAGAAGUCACAGAGCGUGGUGGAUACUAUUCAAAGUUGUUGCAAGAACAUGAUGCAAUCAUUCUUUCUUCUACGUCUUCAUUUCCUGCAUCUAAGGAACCUGGGGCCAAUCAACCUCUUCAGAUUUUGUUAUCAAGAAAUCCAAAUUCCCAAAUUCACACUUCCAAUCCUGCUGAUGAUGCCACGUCUAAAGUCAUAAUCUUCACCGAGAAAGAGAUGAAUGUAGAGCCAGAAACAAGUCAAAAAGGAAUUGAGACCGUAGUUUUUGAUAAAAUAAGUCUGAUUUCAGUUUUGGAACAUUGCAAGCAUCAAGGAUUAUGCAGUGUCUUACUGGAUUUAAGAGGGGAUUAUGCAGAUUUUGAGGAUAUACUAAGAGAGGGUUUUGAACAGAACUUGUUCCAAAAAUUGGUGGUGGAGGUGUUGCCAAUUUGGCGUGGAAGUGAACAAAUGGCAUUGAAGCAUAUCUAUGUAGAACAGCGGGUGAAGAAUUUGACAUCCAUGAUCUCAGGUAAAAGCAUUCUGUUGGUGGGAUAUUUCGAAUGAAAUUGUCUGGACUCAUGGUGAGCGAACUCUCUGAACUACCAACAAUUUAUUUUCUGGUCACAAAGAGGAAUCUCUGCCCCUUAUGGAGAGAUGGAUCAAUUUGGUCGUCAAUGGCAUUUUUAUUGAAAAAUUCAUGUUGCGAGGGUAUAGGGGACAACAUCUACAUCCUCUGGUUUCUUAUUUGCCUUCCAUGUGUAGAGAAUAUGGGGGUAACUACAAUUGGUACUACUCAAGAUUCUUGGAAUCCUUAUUUGCUAACAGUAUGGAUGAUAAUCCAUUUCUUUUUUUAAGAAUUGAUCUUAUUUUAUUCCAAUUCUUUCGUGAUCCCUAA